CGAUACUCCACGCUCCGGCUCCGCUGUUGCUUACACAUACACCAACCGCCAAACCCUCAGACGCGCCUCAUCUGCAACAGGAAACGCACCACUUUGCAGCCAUGCAGCGACGACAGGCUCGCGAACGGCGGGAUUACCUUUAUCGCAGGGCUUUGACGCUCAGAGAUGCAGAGCUGGCAGCGAAGCGAGCCGCGUUGAAGCAGUCGCUCAGUUCUGGUAAACCUCUGACAAAGGACCUUGCUGAGGACACAAGCCUGCGACAAGACUACAAAUAUGACGAAUCGAGGGCCGACCGAACGGUGGAAGAAGAACUCGGAAUGGACGACGAAUACUCGCAGUUGUCCGGCGUAGUAGACCCGCGCAUCCUGGUCACAACCAGCCGAGACCCGUCAAGCCGAUUGAGCACAUUCGCGAAGGAGAUCAGAUUGUUGCUACCCACGAGUAUACGACUGAACCGCGGAAAUUUGAUCCUGGGCAACCUCGUUGGGAGCGCGAAAUCGAGCGGACUGUCGGACGUGGUCCUUGUGCACGAACACCGCGGAACCCCAACAGCCUUGACAGUCUCUCACCUUCCCCACGGCCCAACCGCUUCCUUCUCGCUGCACAACGUCGUCCUCCGCUCAGACAUACCCAAUGCGUCACGCGGCACGGUGUCGGAAUCAUAUCCUCACUUGAUUUUUGAGGGAUUCACGUCAAAACUCGGUGAAAGAGUCGUCACAGUCAUCAAGCAUUUGUUCCCGCCGCGGGAUGGCGCUGUCAAAACGGGCAACAGAGUCGUUACGUUCGUGAACAGGGAGGAUACGAUUGAGGUCAGGCACCACGUGUACGUGCGAACGGGGUACCAGAGCGUCGAGCUUGCAGAAGUGGGGCCCAGGAUGAGCAUGCGACUCUUCGAGAUAAGGAGCGGGACACUAGACUCUAAGGAGGGAGACGUGGAGUGGCAUCUCAACCAGUACACGCGGACGGGCAGGAAGAAAGACUAUCUAUGAGGGGAAGCUGCUUGACGAAGCGAAGGCUGAGCCCAUCAGCGGGCGACAGCGAGGAACCGUUAUACACGUGAAAGUUGUACGGUAAUCCACUGUUCAUGAGAUUGAAGUGAAGCAACGCAUCAGCUCGCGCCAGAAGCGAGCUCAUCGGCGUAGAUAGAUAUAUACCCCAAACACUGACUCC